GUUGACAUUGUUCCACUCUCCUUGGGUUCAGGUGUAGAGUCUGCUGUUUGGAGCACAAUGGGGCCUUCAGGUGCUUUAGUCUCUCUGGUGCUCGUUUGUUUGGCCUCUGCGCUCACAGAUGCCAUCAGGACUCUCAAAGAGGGUCCGAUGAUCGACGCUGAAGGAAGGGAGUAUAAAUCGUUCCCUCAAAUGGACAACAGCAGAGCAAACCCCAGCAGCAAACCCACUGUUCGUGUUCAGUGCACCGAGGUGUCCAUGAUCAUCUUUAUCCAGGCUGACUUCUACAGGACCGGGCACCUGAUCUCACCAGGAGAGCUGUUUCUGGGAGACGCCAAGUUUUCAAAGAGCAGUCCGUGCCAGGCUGUUCCUGUGGGUGACCACGAGUAUGUCAUUGAAGCGAACUUGCAAGACUGUGGCUCUAAACUAACGAUAUCUGACGGUGAUGUGAUCUACUCCAACAACCUGAGGUUCUCUCCUGCUCUGGGUUAUCCUGGAAUUACAAGGAUGGGUGAAGCUGUCGUUCCAGUUUCCUGCCACUACAAAAGGAAGCACACCGUGAGCAGCAUGACUCAGGAGAAUCCACCUCUAAAAUUCUCCACUGUGGGAGGAUCUCCUUUCUCUCUGAAACUGAUGACUGGGGACUGGCUGAAUGAGCGGCAUUCCAACACCUUCCUCCUCGGUGAGCCCCUGCACAUGAAGGCGUGGUACUCUGGCCCUGAUUCAAAGUGGCUCUUUGUUGACAACUGUGUCGUCACACUGACCCCUGACCCCACGUCUGUGCCACGAUACUACAUCAUUGAAAACCAUGGGUGCUUCAUUGACGCAAAAGACGGCGGCUUGCAUUCACUCUUCCUGCCCAGAACAACGGCCGACUCGAUUCACUUCAAGUUUGACGCAUUCCUGUUUCAGAAUGAAUUGAGUAACACUAUUUACAUAACUUGCAAACUCAAAGCUACAAAUCAGCUGAAGAGCAGCCCUGGUAACAAAGCCUGCAACUAUGUGCAAAAAAGGUGGAUGAAUGUUGAUGGAAGUGAUGGCAUGUGUUGGUGCUGCAAUGGUGUCUGCCAUAACGGACUGCCUAAAGAUGACCAGAACUGCGACACUUUGACCCUUGGCCCUUUGAUGAUUUUCCCUAGGAAAUGAACAAAACUCUGGACGGCAAACUCUCUGCACAUUUUACCUGGCAGAAAAAUCAAAUGUACUGAAUGUUUUAACUGAAGAGGAUUUUGUCCCAACAAUAAAACUGAAAGAAGGCAA